UGUAAACGGAAAACUACCUUUUUAUUUACAUGAACGAACCGCGCCAGUGAGUAAUCUUGUUAGCCAAGUUGAACACGUUGUGUAAAAGGGGCAGCCACGCGGUGAUUCAAACACUGUUUCUAAUCCUGGAGUCCUGGGCAGGGUGACAGGGUUUUGGCGCGCCUGGAUGAAACUGGAAGGAUUCUCCCGGCAGUGGUACUAUGAAAAAGGAUGGAGAGUGGCAGACAAAUUUUCCAGAUCUCAGGAAUCAAAAACCGUGACAAGAAGAAAAGUUUAAUUAAGGGCAUCAACAAGCUGGGUGGCAAAUACCUUGGUGGCUCGAUAUAUAAGCACAUCAGCACCCAUCUGAUAAUUCCACAGGUUUUGUCCAGUGAGAAGUUUUUGGCAGCUUGUGCUGCAGGAAAGUGGGUUGUGACUCCAGACUACAUCUUGGACAGUGUUAAGAAUGGUUCGUGGCUGGCAGAGGGCCAGUAUGAAGUGGCCAUUUUCACAAGUUCUUCGGCUGCCUUCUACCCUGUCAGACAGUGGAGGGAGAAGGUGUCCAAAGGGAGAAUAACGGGUGCUUUCCAAGGCUGGAGGGUUCUCCUCAUGGUUCAAGAGCCCACCAGAAGAGCCAUGUUCAAACGGCUGCUAAAAGCUGGCAGAGCAGAAGUAUACAACAGUCCUCCCCCCACCUACACCUCCAUCACUCAUGUCAUGGCAAAACCUGUUACGGAGGAAUCCAGUUCCCACAAUGCUCCUUGCUACCCAGUGAGCCACAUAGUCCAACACCUCUUUGGGAGCAACUGUAUGGAUAUGAAUUUCAACAUGAAUGAUCAGAUGGUAAAGGAAAAAACACACUUUCAAGAAGACAACUUCUUUCAUUUCGAAGCCGAGCUGAAGAGCUUCGUUACCAACAAGGAGGAGCAGCCAAGACUACGCUUCCCCGAAUUUCUAGGUUACCAUGACCCCGAUCGUCCCCACUCACAGGCAAUAGUCGCAGACUUGAGCAACGUUGGCAGUAUGAUGGAGUGCGGCCUCUUCAAUGAAGCCUUGGACUCAAUCAGAAGCGAUGCGUUUCCCGGUCUGUUGCCACCAGCGACGCACCUGAUCUCCCUCCUAGAAUACGCACAGCAGGGUAACACAACAGCCAUUUUCCUGAGAAAUUUCCAUGAGGUUAUGGUAAACUUGCUCCUCAUCAACCCUCCGUGGUCAGCUCCCGGCCCAGUGAAGAAAUAUUAUACCCAAGUGUUGCAGUGUCCUCAGUGCAAGGCGGGCUUGUGGCCUUUUCUAGAGACAGCCAUCAGGUACUGCCUGUCCAGCAGCGUCACCUGCCACCCUCUACCUGGACCUUCCUUACCCGCAGUCGUUCAGUUCCAUUCCGACAUCCUUGCUUUUUUCCUCAAGCUCUUUCAGGGGGAACUCUGCUCUAUCUCCAUCGGAAACCUGGCGCUGCUCCAGCCGACGCAGGUCCCGCCCACGCCGACUUCAGGUUCAUUGCUGUAUGGAACCUUCUGGACCGUGUGGGAACGCUCCACGUUGUUGUCCCGUGCUGUGAAGCAGCUCACUCAGCUCAUAGUGCAGGCUGCUGCCACGUAUUCUGCCAAGCGAGAGGAGAAACAGAAGAUGUAUUUGGCAGACACUCUGCUGCACCUGCUGUCCGUGGCAGUGGAGUUCUGGUGUCAGCAGCACUUCAGACUGAAUCAGUGCCUGGUGGAAAAAGGCCUCAAAGACCUAUCAGAACAUUUUGCAGUCAUUAGCCAGGAUUUACCUCCAGCAGUUUUAGUGGAGCUGCUUGGUUGUGUUCGCUCCUCCAGGCUUAGGUUGGUGAUGGCUGAUGCCACAUUCAGGAAUCUCUGCUGCAGAAAUGAGUUCACUGUGGGCGAUGGACCACUUUCACUCAAAAAAAUGGUGUGUUCUUACCUGCCAGCUCUGGGAGCUUUAGCGCAGCGUCCCAGUGGUGCUGGACCCACCUCACACAGCUGCACCAGUCCAGGGACCAGCAGAAGUCAGAACGUUUUGGUGAAUGAAACAAGUUCAGAAAAAGAGAACACCCUCAAAGGCUUGAACAGAGUCAAUGUAGCAGGAGAAACACUCCUCCACAGAGCUUGCAAGAGGAACCAAGUGGAAACGGUGCUCCAGAUCCUGGCACUUCCUGGCACAGACAUCAAUGUUAAAGACCAUGCAGGUUGGACGCCUCUCCAUGAAGCAUGUAAUCAUGGCAGCACAGACUGUGUGAAAGCUUUGCUCCGUCACCGCCCCGCCCCCGUCCUCAACGGCCAGGUUGGUGGAGUGAGUCCUCUUUAUGAUGCUCUGCUGAACGGCCACAUGGACAUAGCUAAAAUGCUACUGGAACACGCAGGCUCUAUUCUUCUGCAGCAGACUGAUGGAGCACGACCGUCUCCGCUGGAUCUGGUGUCUGCGCCGGGUCAGAAGGAGGAGCUCCUCCGCAGCGCGCAGGUCGGAGACUCGACCCGGAGAAACAAAGAGACGCAGGUCCUGAACCUUCCCCUCCUGGAAGCUGGGUCCGGCCUGCUGGGCCACCUCGUGGUCUCCUACCAGCUGGAGCGGGGUCUGCCUGGCCUCAUUCUGCCCAAUGACAAGCCCCACAGCCUGGUCUACAAGCUGGUCAGAGCCUUGGAGACGUGCUCGCUCCAAAAAGUGACGGUGGGCUGGACGGAUCAGCGGGCAGUGAGGCUGGUGGAAGAUGUAGAGACAGUGUUGGAGCUCAGCCAAGGGAAGCACCAGGAGCAGGUGUCUGUGGAUGUGAAAGAGUGCAAAGGAGAAAACACUACGUUCUUAAUGAAGAUGCUGGAGAGUCUGAGGUCAUGCGGUGAAGCUCUAGUUGCUGAUCUGUGAAGAAAGAUUGAUACCCUGCAAAAUGAAUGUCACCACAUGUCAUAUAUUGUUAGCAAAAGAGAAACCGUCAACUGCAUGCUUAUGUGAUUUAGCAAGGCCCUAAAGUACCUCGACUAGAAGUAAACACCUCAUCAGCCUGAAUUGUGCUCAUCAGUAUGUUGCCCUCAGGUUACACCAAAACCUUGUGAUUUUAAAUAAUUUCUGCAAAGAACAUUAAGUUUUUUCAACAAUGUUGCCUUCUUUGUAAUGUUCAACUUUUUCAGUGAAUAAAUGCAAAAUUGUUUUUUUUUUUACCUUUACUUUUAUAAUGUUAGACACAUUAACAUCUAAAGCAGAAGUCAAGAGGUAUUUAGGUAUAAACAUUUAAAUUGAAAAGUAAUAUAAAUACUUUUAUACUUUUUGCUGUUUUCUGCAAAUCUUGGUUUUGUGUGUCGAGAUCAGAUUAUGAUUUUAUUUAGAUGGUGUUUUCUUUGCACGAGUUCAAUCCAUUUUUGUAAUGUGAGCCAUGAAUAGUCCACUCCCAUAAUUAACAGGUGAAGAUUUUAUUGUCAUGACAUUCUGGAGUCUUUUCUUUUACAAAGAUUGGUUCAGUAUGAACUGAUGCUUCAGUUUGAGACAAGGACAAGUGUUUUUGCAUUUCUUGAUUCUCAUCAUGUUAGUAAAUUUGCUCAGCAAUGGCCUGCACCAUUGGAACUCUGCAGACUGAAGAAGUCUCUUGGAGGAGAGACCUAUUAAUUUUUAUAUUAAUAGGUCUAUAUGUUAAUAUUUUUAUUUUAUUUUUUUUAUUUUUCUACCUGAUUACUGAGAUGUAUCAGAUUCAGGACACAUUCACAAUCCCACCUCAGGAGGACAUUUUCCAAAAAUUCAAUGUGUGACACAGAUGAGUAGGGAGUUCAAAAAGUUUUGUUUCCCUUUUCCCCUAAUACCUCACUGAAUUACAAAAACUGCUUCAACAUAAUUUACCUUCAACUUACACUUUGUGGGAAUCUGUUAACAUGUUCCAAGCACUAGAUAGAUUCUUAGGAGAAAUGCUGCUGCUAAGGUAGUUAAAGGCCUUUUGUAAGAAUGACUGUGAAGGUAUACUAGCAAUAAAAAAAAACUUUUUUUACUUUACUUUUAAUAUAGUGAUAUUUUUCUUUUUGCACAAAAAAAUGUGCAAAUUGAAAUAUGUUUUACCUUGAAAUAUAAACAUGUUGACGUCAAUAAUCCACACACUGUGAACUUAAUAAAAAAUAUUUAAUCUGUUUUUUAUGUUCUUUUUAUCCCAAAAUAAGCCACAUAGAUAAUAUGCUAUUCAUUAAUCAAAUGAGACAUAUGCAACGAUUUGCCCUUUCUCACAAACUGUGGAAAUGUCAUUGGCGGGGCACAAAAAAUAAUAUUACAGGCAGAGAACAUUGCAGGCAAAGACACAUCUUAGAAAAUAAGGGCAGGCAUACACCUACUUCACAAUAUUUUCACCACACUAUCAGCAGGCACACUAUAAAAUACAACCAUAAAUUAAUCAGCAUUUGUCUUUGUACAGUAUACUUUUUUUUUCAAAAAUAAAGUCUCGUUACAGCUUGUAGCAAA